AUGACGGAUGCUAGUGGAGAUACAGCCCUGCACAAGGCCGUGCGGAUCCAACAUCUAGAUGUGGUUAAGCUCUUGGUGACAGAAGAUUCUGAAUUUGAAUUUCCGCCUAACCAUGCACAGGAGACGCCACUCUAUCUGGCGUCUGAAUCUGGUUUUCAUGGUGCUUCAAUUAAUAUCUUGAUAUCCUGCAAGAAACCAACUUAUGCUGCAGGUCCAUGUAACAGAACGCCGCUGCAUGCAGCAGUAAUUCAGGAACAUAAAGAUUGCAUUAGAUCACUAUGGCGUUGGAAUAAGCCUUUAUGCGAGGAACUUGACUUAUGGGGUUGGAAUUCACUGCACGUUAAAUUAGGAUUGCAAGACGUAGUUUCUGCUAUGCUGGGGUGGAAAAUAUCCUUAGUGUACCUUCCUACAGGCAAUGAAAAUGACUGA